AUGCGACGGGUACCGCGAUUGGGACGGUCGUCAUGUCUACCCCCGUCGGCUUCACGACCCUCGCGCGCAGCCGCCGCACACCUGGGUGUUAAAUGCUCGCCUACCUCCUCCCGCUCGCACCACACCUCGACACCGCGUCACGGGCCCGCGCCGACGAGCCUCCCGCACCCCGCCGCUCAGUUCACCCGAUUCUACUCCUCCGAGAAGGACCACCACCCGCAAGGUCUUGCUCCCAGCGCAGACAGCCUCCAGGUAGAAGACCCCGCCGGUCCGGAUAGCGAACCCCCGGCGGCAGCCCUAGAGGGUGCGCUUGAGGCUCAGCAGGCUCACGGGCCCUAUCUUCCACCACCCGAGCGCAGCUAUGCCGAGCGGCCCGACGAGGUGUCGGAUACGGGGUACAUGCCCGCCUUGAACGCUGAAGGCCUCAAGUCCGUGGGCGGGUUGCUGGACUGGUGGAACCGGUCGGGCAAUUGGGAUAAGUCUGGCGACUUUUCCGGCUUCAGACCGCGGCGCAAGGUCCUCGACCCCGCCAUCAUCGAGGUGUCAGUGCGCCGAGCCGUCGUAGAGGCCUUCGCGCUGAUCCAAGCAGGCCGGGAGGAUAAGUUGAUGGCAGCUUGGCCGGCGGGAGGGCAGGAGGAUCUUCAACAUUCUCUCGCGGUAGGCAUCGACGUUGCCGAGGGCGGCGCGGUGUCGUUAACGGGGCCGGUAAGUUCCGUGUUGGACGCUCUCAACCGCACCGCGGACGAGGUCCAGCCCACGUUGGAAGGCGCUGGGGAACCUUCGUUUGUGCCCUCGUCCGAAGAAGCGCCAAAGUACAAGAAGGCCUGGGGUCACGGUUGGAAAAAGGUUUCUCUAUCAGAUCCCCGGAUCAGGUUCGCCGUCACUAAGCGCCUUUUCCAGCUCACCGGCCAGCUCGUCCCCGAUCACAGCCUCCCAUCCAUCACCGAUGCUUGGUCGGUGCUCCGCGUGGUCCAGAAACCGCCGAAGCCCAAGACCCUCACUCAAGAGAUCCAAGAGCGCCACCAGGACCUCGUCGGGCUGCCCAAUGUUUCCGUUGCGACGAAGCGCGUCACCCGCGGCGACAAGGACAUAGCUUUAGGGAGGUUCAAGCUCAUAGAAGCCGAAUUACAGAAGAGAGGCCUACCACUACUCGGCUACGGAUCCGCCAGGAAGAAUAAGGAGUUGUCCCGGCUCGGAGGCGGCACGUAA